UAUAAUUAAAAUUAAAAUAUAUAUUAUAUAAAAUAUAUAAUAUAUAUGUUAAUUUAAAUUUUUGCAUUGAAAAAUUAUUGAGAUCUUAAAAUUUUAAUUUGAAAAUUUGUAUGGAUAAAUCUCACAUUAAAAGUUUUGUGAUUAACCGUUUAAAUUUUUGUUAUAGCAAAUAUAAGAAAUGUUAAUAAAAUCAUAUGAGUAGGGAAGUGUCAAUAAUAAAUAUUGGGCAAUUCUUCUAAAUAGAUUAUUUUCAAGUUUUGAUCACAAAAAUAGACCUGAAGGAAGAAAAUGACCAAACUGUUUCAUUUAAUAGGUAAAAUGACACUAAUACCCUAGAUAUAUAAAAAUUAAAAAAAUAAUAAUAAUAAAUAAAUUUUUUUUAUAGUUUUAGAUUUUAUGUUUUAAAUUCGAACUUUUUUCUAAAAAAAUACUUUUUUAUUUUAUUUUUUUUUUUUUUAAUUUUUAUUUCCAAAUUUUUAAUAUUUAUUUUUUAUUUUGUAAAAUUUUAAAUCUCAAUCCCAAAUCACCACCCCUUAACUCUCUAAACCCUAAUGUUUGGAUUAGUUAACCACUUAACCCUAGGGAUAUAAGUGUAUAUUUACAUCUUUAAUGAAACAUUUUGGUCAUUUUGAUUCUUAUAGUCUAUAUUUGUGACAUAAACUUUUUUAGUGCUAUCAUAGGGCAUUUCCCAUAAAUAUUUAUAUUAAAAUAUACUAUAUGUAUAUAUCUAUUUCAAUAUUUAUAAAAUAAAUAAAAUGAUUGUUUUUAUUUAUUUACCAAAAAAAAUGAUUGUAAAUAAACAAAAGUUAUUAUUUUGAUUUAUGUGCUUACUCUAAUUUAUAUAUUUUUAUAUAGACAAAUUAUUUUUUAAAUAUGUGGUUUAUAAUAUGUUAUUUGAUCGUGACAAUCCCAGAAAUACACUUAUCUAGAUCAAAGUGAUUUUUAAUAUCGGAAGCACUAUAUAUAGUGAAACCUCUAUAAAUUAAUAAUGUUGGGACUACACCAAAACUAUAAUUUUUAUUAAUUUAUAUAGAAAUAUAAAUUUAUCGAUAUACUAAUUGAACCAAAAACUCAAUUUGAGACUAUAAAAUUAUAUUAUUUUAUAGAAAUUUUUAGUGUAUAUUAAUUUAUAGAGUAUUAAUUUAAAGAUGUUAUAUUGUAUAUUAUUUCAUUCAAAUUAAAUAUUUUAGUUUUAAUUUUUAUUCAUAAAGAACUUUUAAUGAAAUAUCAUGGUAAGAUUUCGAUCACCUCAUUGAUUUUUAUGUUCAACUUUUUAAUGUUUAUCUUUUUCUUGGACAUGAAACCUUUGUUUACUUUCCGUUUUAGUUACUAUUGGUUUUGAUGUUUAUUUUUCUUAUGGGAAUGAAUGACUUCUUUAAACUGACGUACGGACCCAUUUGACCCAAAAAAAACUGGCGUACGGACCCCUUGGGACAUGCAAUUUCAGCCACGCGGUUAUGGGGAAGCUCAAUGUUUUUAUGUGUUUUGAUUUAUACAAAACUUCUUGUUAGUUCCCAACAAAUACUCUGGCUGCAAUAAUCAAUUUUACUGGCUGGACUUCUCAAAUGGUUUAAAAAGAGUAAAGCUUUUGCAGUCCUAGGGACGUGUAACUCUAAAUAAUAUGUACACAGGGAAUGUCAAAAAAUGAGGUCUUUAUUUAUUGUUUUGAAACGUAAUCAAUCUUUUCAAUUUUCAAAUCAUAUGUCUCUCUGCAAUCGUUCUUUGUUUUCUUGGCUGUUUACUUUUAUUUUUCAAGAAUCAUCUAAUGGAUCAAAGAUUGGAGAAAAGAAUGAUUAAUGUCAUUAUAGCAAACCAUUUGAACAAGCAAAACGCUGUAUGGGUUCAAUCUGGUAAUGAUUUUGUUGACUUGCUCUAUAGUUUUCUCACCAUGCCUUUGGGAACCAUUGUGAGGUUGCUUGACAAUCACGGAAGGUCACGACAAAAACUCGUCAUAGGUUGUCUCAACAACCUUUACAAAAGUGUUGUAGACAUGAGCACACGGAGGCAACCAAGCCCAAUGUAUUUCCAGAGAAAAUCAUGCGGAGAGUUUUUUAGUAACUUCAACACCUCAAAGUGUAGUUGUGGAAACAUGAUGAACAAAGAGAUCCCAUCACCUGAAGGAGAGAUGUUGAGAGAUUGUUAUGAUUAUGAUGGAGUUUUUGUUCAUGGUGAUGGAAAAUUUGCUUUUAUCUUGAGUGAUGAUUUGAAAAUUGAUAAUUUUUGUUGGGAUUUUUUCCGUAAGAAGAUCAAAAACUUAGGUUGUGUCGACCUCUAUGAUGAGGCGGCAGAAGGUGAAGCAGAGAUUGGCUUCCGAGAGGCAGUGACUUUGCUUCGGUCCUUAUUCACAUCAGAAACUCCAUUGACAACUACAUUCUUUCCGUUUCAAAGUUCAUCACAUCCUUUUACCAUAGCGUUUAAGCCUUCAAUAAGUCCAUGUGAUUUGGUUUUAGGCCAAGUUUCUUUGAAAGUGUAUAUGAGUAAGAAAGACAAAAGGAAGGUUGUUUAUGCCGAGUGUGGAGAAGACUUUAUUGAUCUCCUUUGCAUAUUUCUUGUGCUUCCUCUUGAGUAUAUAUGUAACAUCUCUUGUGGUGGUGGUGGUGACGACGGUUUGGGAUGUAGUAACUUGUUCAGAACCUUCAAAGGUUUAUGCCGUGAUGAGAUAACCAUUCCUUAGUAUUAUAGCUGCAAAAAGAAUCUUCUUGGCAUCACAGUGUAGAAUCAGCCUAGCUUCUACCACGAACACAGACUCAAGCAUGUCAUUGCUAUAGAUCCAAAAACCGAGUGUGGCCAGCCAAGAAGUAGUGGUGGGUUUGUGAAGAGGGGUAAGAAGUUUCUUGUUUCUGAUGAUCUGAGGAUCACACCUCUGCUGUCAGACCUUACAAUGAGGGAGCUAGAUGAUCUGAAGAUUAGUUUUAAUGAUGUGACAAUUGAACAGAUAACUAUCGGUCGAGCAGAGGCUAUCAGUUUAUUCAAAGCUUCCUUUGCGACAUCCUCUGCAUUAACCAAUGGGCUCUCAGAUUUGCUUGCAAAGAAGCUGGAAGGAUUUUGACCAAAAAAAAGAAGCUGGAAGGAUAAAUUUUAAAACUCUAUUGGGAAAAGAGCUGUUAGCUUCUCUAGAUCUCGUCUCUAAUCACUUUCAUCUACUUUAUGUGUUUUAUUUCGUUUCGGAUUUGACAUUAUGUUAUGAUCAUCUUUGAACAAUAUUGUUAACAAACCUGCCAGCCUUCGGGUUUUUGAUUUGCGCACUUUAAGAUCUUAAUAACGAGGGCUAAGUCUUCAUCUGUUGACAUAUGAGAUGUUAUAAAAAUACAGGGUCUAGUGUUUAGUAGUAUUGCAUCUACAUGAUUCUGGUUUGUUUUCAGGUGAUAAUAUUGUUACUGUUUCUCGGCCUAUGCAAUGCUCGCAAAAAGAAGAAAAUUUAACUUUGUAAAAAAGACAAAUCUGUAUAAAUAGGGAGUCUGAUGAUGAUUCCUCAUGUUUUUUAUUUUAUUUGCAACCAAUAUAUUCAGUCUCUGUUUUCUCAAAGCUUUUAAUUUACGCUUGAUGUUGUUUCUUCUCUAAAAGCUUAAAUAAACUAUCAAACCUAUAAAGUAUCAAAUUGUAUAAAUAAACUGAAAGCUUAAAUUUUAUUAAAAUAUAAUGGAAUCUUCUAUAUUAUAUACAGAAUAUGUAGAAUUUAGUGAUAUAUAAUAAUUUUAUUUUAGCAUUUUCUCAAGUAUUUUCUCAAUUUUCUUCUUCCCAUCGUUAUCAUUUUCCCCUCAUUCUAUGGUAUCCCACUUUUUUUAGUAUAUUGAACUAAUUUGCUCUAAAAAAUUUACUAGAUAUUCUAAAAUUAUUGUUUAGUCGGCAAAUUUAUAUUAAGUUGUGCAAAAGAGUGAUGUUAAAUAAAAUGAGAAAGGGGGUAAGCUUGUUUUCUUCAAAGAAGAAAGAGAAAUAGAAUGUCCAAAAAAAGAGAGAAUUAAAAGAAGAAAAGAAAAGUAAUAAAAAGAAGAAAACGUAAAGGUAAGUAGGAACAAUAUAUGUUGAUAAAAAAAAAGUAGGAUCAAUAUAUAGUAGUAUGAAUCUACUAAUAUCAGUCUAACAAAUUAUAUGAUUAAUUUGGGAAUUAUAUUAUUUUUUGGUUAUUGCUGCUAAUUUCUCAAAAUAAAAUCAGAUGGUCAGGAAAAAAAAAACGAAAACCAAAAAGAAAACGAAAGCACGUUAACGAAGGGCAUGUGCCACUGGGUUAGACGGUGCCAUGUCUUCACUAGACAGCACAAAAGGAACU